AUGACGAAUGGGGCCGGUAGUGAUGGUCGAAAGGACAGCAACGCAGAGUUGCACUGCAAUUAUUUCUUGCCUCUUACAGUCACUGGUGACACUCUCCCUUCCCUUAUAUCUCGACAUUCACCCACAAAUCGAGCUCUUACCUUCAUAAAAGUCUUCUCGGACGAACAGCGACCAGCAUCCUUGACAGGAAAUCACAUAAACAUACACAUGGACCCACCUAAUAGCGCUGCGCAGUACGACGAGCACCCACGGCACCGAUACCCUGAGGAGGAACGUUGGCAUAAAAGUCCUGUUCCUAGUCCACACCCUUACCCGCCAGCUCCUCCACUGGCACCAUACGCCUCAGCCAAUUCAUCCAUCACUUUCGCGAAUGGCGAUAUCCCCAAUAAUGACAACAGAGUGCCGCGCGACAUCACACGAACGCCGAGCCCCACGCCCAGCGAAGCAAAGGAACUAAAGACUGGCGUCCUUAGUUGGGAGGUCAUUGGAAAGUGGCAGUUUUGGUUUCGAAGAGAAUGGCUCUGGUAUUAUGUCGCGCUGGGCAUGAUCCUCAUCCUGACUGCUCUCAUGACGAUAUACCACCAGCAAAUUGUUGAUUGGCUCACACCUGUUUCACGCUGGUUACAUGAUCUAAAGUUUGGGUGGCUCGUGCCUAUUGGAAUACUAUUCGUCAUUUCAUUUCCUCCUCUUUUCGGCCAUGAAAUCGUUGCCGUACUCUGCGGUCUCGUCUGGGGUCUAUGGAUUGGAUUUGCUAUCGUCGCAGCAGGUACAUUUCUUGGUGAAAUUGGCAAUUUCUAUGCCUUCAAGUACUGCUGCCGUGCUCGUGGUGAAAAACUUGAACGUUCAAAGAUUACAUAUGCCUGUCUGGCCAAGGUCGUUCGAGAUGGCGGUUUCAAGAUAGCUUUGAUAGCACGUCUCAGUUUGAUUCCAGGCCAUUUCACAACUGCUGUCUUUUCCACAUGUGGAAUGGGAAUCGUCGUCUUUUGUAUUGCGGCAUUCUUGUCGUUGCCUAAACAAUUUGUCACUGUAUACCUGGGCGUUAUUCUGGAACAAUCGGAGACAGGCGGGAGUGAUACCAAGUCCCGGGUAAUAUCUGAUGCCGUCGUGGCCGUCACGUUCCUAAUUACCAUUGCCGCCAUGUGGUAUAUUUUUCGCGAGAUGGACAAGGUGAAACCUGCAGUCAUUUAUGCACGAAGGAAAGCCAGACAAGCAAAACUUGCACGAGCCGACCUUCCCUACAACCGGUCGGAUGUCUUUGACGUCUCCACCUCCGAUGUCAAUAUCCCGUUGACUCCAAGAGUUCAUGGACAAGCCGAACGCGGCGACCUAUACCCAUUCUCCCAAUCGUACCAACACGGGUCUCACAAUGAUGCUGGGUCCAUCAGUGUCAUUUACACACCCGCGCCCCAAGCUCCGAAUGAGUACAAGCCAACCAACAACUACGGCUAUUCCAAAUCUGCGGAAUAUCUGGAUGAUAAUUCCUCUUCUGGUCAUUCGUCCCACACGCACAUCCUGUCACAUAAUAUCUCGAGGCCGAGUGUUGACGAUGUGAGUUGGGAAACUGGGCGGUACGGACCUCCCGGGAUAUCGACGUCGCCGCCCAAUACGCCCCGGCAACACCAAUCAUCUCCCCAGAUACCGCCACAGGAGGAGCGUUUACCUGCAUCUCCUCGUCUCCCUUCGCCUUACGAUGUGGGAGGGGUAUCAUAUCAUACUCCGGUUAGGAGGGAAAUGUCGGAAGUAUCCAGUGUCGUCCCUGGUGGAUUCAGCCGGGUGCAGUCACCGCCUCCGCCAAGUUAUACGACGACGGCACGAUGACGAUGACGGAUUUAUUUAAUAUUGUACAUAUUUUCUACUUACUGGUUGGACCUAUAUCUCUGGGUCUAUUUGUCUCUUACUCUCGUCAUUAUUAUCGGACCUGUCCACUGUAAAUGUACAGCGACAUGUGCAUGGUUUUUAUGUAUCUUUACUUGUGUCGAUCCUCCGCGUGAACGUCGAGGAAUCGGUGCAUAAUACAUGAUGAUGAAAAUGAUGUAUUGUUAUAAU